ACCAGAUCUGUGUGGAUAGUCUGUGGAGUGUGAUCUCUGUGCGAUAGUGAAAACUGCAUGAAAUGUCCUGAUGAUGAAUGGCCAAAUGAGAAGAAGGAUCGGUGUGUUCCAAGAGUGAUGGAAUUUCUCUCCUACACUGAUGAUCCCAUUGUUGGAGUAUUUUCAGCUGUCUCCAUCCUCUGUUGUCUUCUGACUGGUUUAAUAUUGGUGAUAUUUAUACAUUACCGGGGCACCCCCAUUGUUAAAGCCAAUAACCGUGACCUGAGCUAUCUUCUCCUGGUCUCCAUCAUGCUGAGCUUCCUCUGUGUCUUCUUGUUCCUCGGCCAUCCAGUAGAUGUGACCUGCAUGCUGCGUGUCACCUCUUUUGGUGUCAUCUUCUCAGUUGCCGUCUCUUCUCUACUUGCCAAAAGUACCAUGGUGUGUAUUGCUUUUAAAGCCACCAAACCUGGGAGUCCCUGGAGGAAAUGGAUGGGAGCCAAACUGCCCAAUUUUAUCAUUUGUGUCUUCUCAUUGGUUCAAGUCAUAAUCUGUGUCACUUGGUUGUCUAUUUCUCCUCCCUUCCAGGAUCGGGACACUCACUCUUAUCAGGGGAAGAUCAUCAUUCAGUGUAAUGAGGGUUCAGUUAUCGGCUUCUACUCUGUCCUGGGAUAUAUGGGGCUUCUGGCAGCUGUGAGUUUCAUUGUCGCUUUUUUAGCCAGGACAUUACCGGACAGUUUUAAUGAGGCCAAGUACAUCACCUUCAGCAUGCUGGUGUUCUGCAGUGUCUGGAUUGCCAUGAUCCCGGCCUAUCUGAGCACCAGAGGGAAAUACAUGGUGGCUGUGGAGGUUUUUGCUAUAAUAGCAUCAAGUUCUGGACUUCUUGGCUGUAUAUUUUUCCCAAAAUGUUACAUAAUUCUGUUCAGACCCGACCUGAACACAAAAACAGUUAUCCACUAAUAUGUAUGGAACAACACUGGGUUACCAGUAGUUAUAGCAUUAUCUCUAUUGUUGUUAAAUCUAAUAUUAUGUCAGUGUAUUGAGAAUGAACACUGCUAUAUUGUAUAUGAAUAUUUCAUACUUCCCUCUCUGGUGGAUGGUGAGUUACAUUUUUGCUCUGGACACCACUGGUAUCAGACACUUUGGGUUUGUUGGAAACCUUGUCCCCUGAUGGGUGUAGUAGUUCCCCCACCAACCGUUCCAUUAAUACAGAACAAUGUUUUUUAAAUCCUUUA